AUGAUGUACCAACUAGUUCUAUUAUUAUUUUUACAUUUUUUUUCUUUAUUUCAGGGCACAGAUCCUCUGGCAGCGACAUGUAGGGGUCGGCUUCAGGUACAGAGGGCAAAGCUGAAUCAGGAAAUCAACUACCAGACUAUGAUGAGGAACGGCGCAGAGAAACUCUACAGGGCUACGUCCAACAAGAAACUAAAAGAGACCAUAGCCCUGGAACUGAAUUUCGUCAACUCAAGCUUACAAGUUCUGAAAGAGCAGCUAGCAGAAUUGAACAGUUCAGUCCAGAUGUACCAGAAUAACAGCUCUAUACCGACGACGCCAAUGGUACCCCUUGGGCUGAAAGAGACCAAGGAAAUAGAUUUUAAAGAACCAUUCAAGGACUUCAUCUUAGAGCACUACAGCGAAGACGACACCAAAUUCGACAGCGCCAUCCAACAGCUCAAUAAAAUCCGACAGGCCAUCAGGACCCCCUCCCGUGAUUCCUCUGGGGUGAAGUUGCUCUUCCAAUAUUACAACCUCCUGUACUUCAUCGAUAAAAGGUUUUUUGCCUCCCACAGAAACCUGGGCCUCCAUUUCGAAUGGUUCGACAGUUUGACGGGUCUUCCUAGUAUGCAGAAAAGUAUUGCAUUCGAAAAAGCUAGUGUACUUUUUAACAUAGCAGCCCUAUACACCCAAAUAGGCGCAAAGCAAGACCGGACGAGCAGCGACGGCAUGGAUGCGGCAGUGGACAGUUUCCUGCGCAGCGCCGGUGUCUUCCACUACCUGAAGCAGAAUUUCAGCAACCCCCCGAGUACGGACCUUUCUCCGGAAGUGCUCGACAUGCUCACGCAUCUCAUGUUGGCUCAAGCGAGAGAGUGUCUGUUCGAGAAACUCAUCGCCGAUUCCGAGAAAAGGAACCUGUCCCACUGCUUGGAUAUUGCUCAAGAGGCUGCCCAGGUUUCCGAGGUGUACAAACAGCUGCACAAACUCCUCAGUUCUACGGCUAUUAAGGACUGCGUGCCAAGCUCCUGGGGAGGUCUGAUGCACGUCAAGACCGAACAUUACGCAGCCAUCUCGCAUCAUUACGUCGCCUUGGGUCUCAUCGGACAGAAAGAUGAGAUCAGUUCGACGGCGCGGGAAAAGUUGGAGCACCUGCAUGUCGAUUCAAAGUCGAACGAAAAAUCCGAAGCCAAAUAUGUGCCACAGAAUGCCAACGAGAGGUUUAGACUAGGUCGUUCGCACCUGCACCAGAGCAUCGCGCUGCACGAGGAAGCGCUCCGGACGUACCGCAUGUGCCGUCAGCUGCAGCUCAUCGACAGUCUGCACGACCUGUUGCAGAGGGCGAAGGAGAACUCCGUCAGCCUGCUCUCCAGGCUCAUAGAGGACUCGGAUCAGUUCCAAGACGUCGCCGAGCCCCUCCCCAUACGAGCUUCUACAAAAUUUCAGCUGAAACUAACCGAUCCUGAUCUCAGCCAAUACAAAGCCUCAGACUUAUUCAAAGCUCUUGGUCCUCUGAAAUUUUUCUCUGCGAAGCGUCACUGGACGGCUGCUCGAAUAGUGGAGUUGAAGAAAACGAAUGAUGACGUCAGUUUUGGAUUCAGUGUCAAAGAAGAUUCACCAGUUGUCGUCACCAGGGUCGAAAUUGGAGGCAUCGCCGAGGCUUGUGGACUGAAAGAAGGGGAUUACAUCGUAGCCGUGAACGAUCAGGACACGAAGUGGGCAUCUCACGAUGACAUAUCUCGCCUCAUCAAAGGGGCGGGACAUCAGAUAUCCCUUAAAGUGGUCACGCCCAUGAACUGGAAGUACCUGCACUCGAGGGGCGGGACGGCAGGCAUGUCCGUCUGUUCCAAGUCUACCUCUUCCAGCAGCUCGGGAGUAAGCUCUUCCUCUUCCAGAAACCCAAGCCCGGUAGGAAGUGUGUGUAGCAAGGAAAGCGACAAGAAAGGCAGUUGGAAUCCAUUUAGGCGACGCAGUUCGAAAGACCCUCUGGAGGCAAGCUACAUAACCAACGUCCUCUACAGGUGAUCGAACCUAAGUUACAUCCCUCGUCGUCAUCAUCAUCAUCAUAAAAUCUAGCUCAAGCAAUAACUUUACUUCAAAUUUUUCAGAAAUGAUUUUUCUAACAAUAUCUACACCUUUAUUGUGAUAUCUUCCUUGGAUUUCUUUCUUUCCUGAAAUUUUUUUUCAAAUAUUGACUUUUUUUACGAGAAGCCUACUGGUGAAUCUAAAUCCUUACAGAAUAACUUUCUUCCGAGUUUGUAGGCCACAGUCUAUACAAGAUGUUUCAGGAUAACAUUUCGGCUGACAUUUCUUCAGUCUUCAAAGGACAAAUGGUUUUUCAAUAUUUCAUAAUGUGCUCUGAGGAAUCCUGAGACAUGUCAGGUGGAACAUUAACCAGAAACGUUUUGGGUCACGACGCAUAAACUACAUGCAAAAUAUGGACACUGGCCACGAAAGCUGAAGUUUUCCUGACUCCUUACAUUUGUAAUUCGUCGUAUUUUUCUUUCUCUCUGAUACAUGCCUAAAAGGGGGGAAAGCAAGUGUGUUUUGAAGUUGUUUUUUUAUAUAUUCAAGUAAUUUUUUACUGCAAUUAUGCCAUCAGUUUUGGAUCGAAAAACAAACUCUAUUUACUAAUGAGGAUAGUCCGUGAACAGAAUUAACGCAUUGAAAAUGAAGGAUUAUUAAAUUAAGCAAAAUUACUUUGAGGAAGCAAUCUUCUUGGAGUACAAUGUUAUUGUAGUAUCCUGUAUUACAAAAAAACAUUACUCCAUUUUCUGCACUUGUUCUUCGAUUUCUUGAAAUUCGGAAUUAUUUCAUCCCACUCUCUAGCCCUUGAUGUUUUUUCAAGUCUACUUGAGUGGACGCUGCACCUUUUUACUCGGUUGUCAGUCACUUCGUGUUCUGAAGUGUUCUUUCAUGAACAACCUUUCACAGUCUUCUCACCUCCCCCCCCCCUAUCCCUCAUCCAUAAGGAAAAGGUUCAUCUGAUUGUUAUUAAUGUUUUUUUCUGCAUUGGUUUUUCGGAGUAACUUUUUUUCCCCCGACUUAAGGUUAAUGUUUUAGUAUUGCUUGUGCACAACUUAGUAAAGAGAAAACUUUUACACAAAAUAAUUACUCUGUAUCUUUCAUUUAAUGUAUUGAGAUAUUUUUUUAGUUUGUUUUUGGGUAAUGCAUGGCUUAGGAAAUGAUAUUUUAAUUAUUUAAAUACCUAUGGGUAGCACUAAAAUGGUUUUCCAAGAGCGUGGACUUUUUUGACUUCGGUAAUUUAAUUAAAUAAUAAUAAAAUGAAGAUCAUACUUGCGCACUUUGAAGCAAAGGGGUAUACGUUCCAAAGAUAAAAAAUUUGGAGAUAACUAAUACAAAAGGUGGAAGAAACUCUCGUCUGUUUUGUGACUAGAGAUGUAAUAGUAGCCCUGGUAGGUACUACCGAAACUAAAAAACUGUUGUACUACAAGAAAAUGUCUAGGAAACUGGAUUUCUCCAUGAAGGUUUCUAGUAACAAUGUUGCUUCUUUCUAAGUAACGUUGACAAUGGUACUUAAGAAGAAGCUGUAUCGUUACUGGAAAAGUUAUGGAAGCCCAGUUUCCUUGACAUUUUCUAACAAUACCGCAGUUAUUUUCUUUUCUUUUUCACCUUUUUUUUUUUUUUUUUGGUGAUUUAGAAAAAAAUUCAAUGCAAGCCUAUCAAGGAUCUGAACUUUAAACGCGUUUUUCUCAAAACUUUAAGCAGUCCAUUUACUUCCCUUUGCUUCUCACUGUCAAUUUCCAAAGAGACAUCAAAAAUUUGACACCAACUCUGGGAAUUUUUGCCAUAUUUAUGAAUUUUUGUUCAAGAUUAGAAAUGUGCUUGGUUUGUUUCUUCAUAUAAGUAGUUUUCGUGCUUAGAAUAGUUUUACUUCUUUAUGUUUUUAAUUUUUCAGAAUAGUUUAAGUAUUUUUCCUUUUCAAAAAUAUAUUUUUCUUUUUAAAACCGUGCAUUAUGAAACUUGGAUUAUAAAGAAAAAAAUAUCCAAUCGAAUUAAACACAUCUAAAUAUCUUUGUUUUAUUUUUUUUUUUUGCUUUCUAAAAGACUACUCAUACAAAUCUAAAAAAAGUUUAUUGUUUGUUAGUGUUGCAUCUUGGAAUUGCAAUUAUUUUGUGACUUAUAUUUUAUCGAUUCCGAAAUUGUCUUCAAUAUGCUUUCGAUAUGCGAUCAGAUUGAAGUGCCAUUUUCCACUCUUUUGUUUUAUAAAUAACCAUGCAUUUUAAAAGGUUUUCUUUCUUUUUUUUAUUUUAAAACUUGAAAUGUAAUAUUAAAAUCACGUGUGAACUGAAAAUCCAUUCGCACCCACUCAAUAUUAGCCUUUAUAGAAGAACUUUAAUGUGUCUGAAAAUUUCUAUGAAUAAAGUAAAUCUUUGGAGCUCCUAACUGUAAUGGGGUGAAAAGAAACUGACUUGCAUUUCAUGUAAAAAUGCAUCUGACGUUCAUCUUGUGGAUAUUAUUUCAUGUCUAAGGGUGUAAACAGCCCUUAUUUCUAGUCUCGUCAUGCAUUGGCUGUACAUAUUUGCAUUGAAUAAAUUGUUUAAUUUCAAAUGUG